AUGCUUGAUUCUUUUUGUCAACCUAAAACUCUUCUUUCGGGCAAACAUGUUUUGAAUUUAGCAUCCAAAGCAGAAGGAGAAAGAAUAAAGAGAGCAGAAAGAGAAGCGAGGAAAAAGCAUGCUGAGAAUAUUGCUAAGGUAAGUGGCGAGCCUCUUCAAGAAAUUAAUCAAACUCUUUCGGAAUGUGGCAUGAUAAGAGGAAUUAAUGAAAAUAACACUCUUCACCAAAGCCAUAUCCGAAAUUGCUUGUGGAGAGAAGAAAGUGAAAUUAAAGCCUUUAAAGAUAAAAUGAUAGAAGCAAUUUUAAGAAAGGGAGGAACUAAACCAAGGGAAAUUGCUGACUAUCGAACUAACCAACUCGAAAAAACUAUUGAAAUAUUGGCCGAUGCCAAAAAGAAAUCCGCCCAAGAACGCCAGCAAGCCGAAAAUGAAGCCAAAGAGAAUGCUCGAAAAGAAGAAGAAAGAUUAAAAAAAGAAAAGGCCAAACAGGAAGAAUUAAAGCAGAAAAGGGAGAUUUUUAUUGCCGAGAUAACUGCCGCUCUUAACCAAGAACCUCAACUUACUAAUAGCGAAUUAAAUAGACUUUUAGCCGAUAUCCAAGCCCGCCGACACGAUAAAAAAACCGCUCAGAAAGUAAAAGAAAACUUAAAUAAAGCCCAAGAGCAAGAAACCGAGAAGAGUUAUCAAGAAAAUAAAGCAGAAGCGGAAAAUUUAAAAAAAGAAAAGGCCACUGAAAACCCCCAAAAAUAUAGCGAAGAAGCCAAACAAAAAAUUGAAAAGAAACUAAAAAACAAUGAAAUUAAAGAAGAUGAAUUAAACCAGGAGAACCAAACAGAAUGA